AUGCUAAGCUCCCCCCUCCAGCUCUGCUCUCCCGCCGGUUCCAGCCCGAGUCACCGUGCCUUUCUCUCGGGCCCCUCUCCUCCCCCGCACGCCCUCGCGUUCGUGCCGGCAAGACUCGUGUCUCUCUCCACCUCGCCGUGCUCGUCCCUCCCUGCCGCUGCCUCUCUGGCAACGGUUCCCAUGCUUCUCCCCUUCCUUGCUGCCGACGAUCUCCGGGCGAGCGCCUGUCUCCGCCGCCUUCUCUUCCCCGCUGCUGCCGGACGAGAGGCGAGGGGAAUCCGCCGCUCACCCUCCUCUCCCAUUGCGCUUGCGGGCCAGACGUCCGUGCCUCCCCGCCGCGCCCCUCUUGCCGCUGGCCGCGCCUCUUUGAUGAGCUGGGCCCCUCCUCGCGUCCUUCUUCCCGCCGCCAGUGGUGGCUGGCUGCGCGUGGCUUGCCCUCCCAUCCUCCCUUGUGCAUCAGCUGCCUGUCCGGCGAUCGUGCGCCGUCUUCGCCCCAGCCCCCUUGUGCCUGGCGCCAGUCGACUCGGCGCUUCCGAUCCCAGCCGCGGGUUCCUCGCCGUCAUCUUCUCCGCUGGCGUCUUUGACCGCCCGUUCCAGGUUCGCUGCAUCCUCCUCUGCCUCUUCCUCGCCGGACGUCUCCCACGCUUCUUCCUUUUCUGCGGCCUCCCCUCCUUGGUCGGCGUCGAAUCGCUCGACGCCCUGCCGACGGCCCCUCUCAUCACGGCGGCGCCCGCGCUCUUCCGGCGAGUGGAACACUCCCACAGCGCGUCGGUCUCCGCUCCCGUAUCCAUCUCCGCGAUCAUGCCCUCUUCGCCACACGUCUCCGUCCGCGCUUGUGGCGUAUCCUUCUCCACCCGCUGCCACGCUAGGCCUCCCUUCCGCCCGUCGGUCCCCAGCGACGGGGACUCUAUCUGCGCGAAAUGCCGGCCUUCGCGGCGAGCGCUCCAGAGAUCGCCCGCGCUCGCGUGA